CCUGUCGUGUUUCUGACGUUGGGACAGCGGUAAGUUAGCCGUUAGGAUUCAGUUACUGAACCGAUCGGCGAACAGAAGCUAUCAUGCAGCCUAUCCUAUUCUUCUUGUUAGCUGUUGUUGCUGUUGUUACAGGUGUUCCUCAUGGAGAAGGACGUAUGUCCGGAGGAAUCCCGAUUACCAUCGCACCCCCGGGAACCGAAGGAUAUAAAGCUAUGUUCCCGUAUGUUGUUUCCAUCGAGUACGAGGAUUCACACAUUUGCGGAGGCUUCAUUUACAGCGAAAAAUGGGUCGUCACAACAGCGUCAUGUGUGGAGAAUAAGGUUCUUAGCAGCUUAGUGGUUGUGGCCGGACAGGUAAAUUUGAUUGAUUACGACUAUUCCGAAGAAAGGCAUGCCGUUUUCAGAGUGUUCCCUUACGACACCUAUGAUAGUGUCACGCGAGCAGAUGACAUCGCUCUGAUCGAGUUAUCAAGCAAUAUCAGCUUUGCCGACACCUACAAAAAUUUCAUCAAGUUCAAUGAAGUCUAUACGGAUGAGAAACCUACUCCUCUUGGAACAUUUAUGGGAUGGGGCGCCACAGUGGAUGGAGGAGGAUUUUCUCCAAGGCUCCGCUAUGCCGAACUUACUAUGCUAGAAACCAGUGGCAUAUGCGGAACGUACGGCGCGGAUGAAUUCCAAAUUUCCAAGAUGAUAUGCGCCAUGGACAUGACAAGUCCCCCUACUAUUGCUCCUUGCACCUUCGACGAAGGUUCUCCAAUAGUUCAAACAUACGGAACUACGGGAGCUGAAACAACGAUUGCCGUCGGUGUGUUAUCUAAACGCAGUCCAACUUGCAAUCCCGAGGAACCGAGCGUCUUCACCCGCCUUUCGGUUUACUACGCAUGGCUGUACAGGGUCGCCGGACAGCAACCAACAUCCGCUAGACGUUAAUCACGAACUUCGGGAUGAAUGCAUGCCUCCGACUUGCAAAUGAAUUCGAUUCAAUUAUACAAAAACAAUAUUUUUUUUUCGUUUUUUUCCCUUAUGUAAUUUCAGUUCGCAUUGGCGUUUACUUACGAAUGUCAAUACGAGUGGAAAGUAAGCUUAAACUGCAAAACGAUCAAUACAAUUGAUUACGGUUGAA